AUGAGAAUGGAUUAUCGUCUUUCGUUUGCAGUUAUUGUCUUAAAUGUCAUUGUUUCUCCAGUUCUCUCAGCAUCUACUACAUCCAGUUAUGAAAACAUAACGAGCAUAACCACCGACAGUUCGAGCAUACUCCCUAUCAAUAACGCAACCACCACACUUCCGCCCAGUGACAACGGUACUACAGCUACACUUCCGGUAGACAACACCACUAUACUGAUAACGACAGAACACUCUGCCAACUACACGGGGUCUACCGUAACUUCCGGACAAACGACACAAACAAAUCCAGUAACUAUAACGGAAUUACCACUCUCAACGACAACGAGCGCUUCUUCUUCCGGCUUUGACGGCGGAUCGUUCGCCGGUGGCAUUGCCCUUGGUGCUGGUCUCGCACUGAUAAUGUUUGGAAUUGCAUGCUACUGUCGUCGGCGCUCAGGGUACAGCAAUUUGGCUACAUAG